AUGAGUGUACAGUUGAAUGUUUCCCCGUCUUUCAUGCCCUUCUCCAAUGAGACUGCCAGUUCGCCAGCUUUCCUUCUCACAGGAUUUCCUGGGCUAGAAAGUUUACACAUCUGGAUUUCCAUCCCCAUCUGCUCCAUGUACCUCAUGGCCAUCGCGGGGAACUGCACCAUCCUCUUCAUCAUCCGGACGGACCAAGCCCUCCAUGAACCCAUGUACUACUUCCUCUCCAUGCUGGCACUCUCGGACCUGGGCUUGUCCUCCGUCACUUUGCCCACCAUGCUGAGUGUUCUUUGGUUCAACCACCGUGUGAUCGAUUUCAACGCCUGCCUUAUUCAGAUGUACUUCAUCCAUACUUUCUCCAUCAUGGAGUCGGGCAUUUUGAUCUCCAUGGCCUUCGAUCGCUUGGUGGCCAUCCGGAAUCCUCUGAGAUACACGACCAUCUUGACUGAUGAUACCAUAAUCCGGAUUGGGCUGGGGGUCGCCAUCCGGGCUGCCUUGCUCGUCUUUCCAACUGCCUUCCUCCUGAAGAGGCUGCAAUACGGAAGGGUAAAUUUGCUUUCGUAUCCUUUUUGUUUGCACCAAGAUAUUCUGAAGGUGGUGCGUUCAGAUAGGAAGAUCAGCAGCAUCUACGGUUUGAUGGUGGUGAUCUCUUCCAUGGUGCUUGACUCUAUAUUGCUUGUUUUGUCUUAUAUGAUGAUCCUCAAAACCGUGUUAAGCAUUGCCUCCAAGGAAGAGCGCCUCCGGGCCCUGAACACAUGCAUUUCCCACAUCUGUGCUGUCCUCACUUUCUACAUCCCAAUGAUUGGUCUCUCUAUGAUCCACCGAUACGGGGAAAAUGCUCCGCCCGUUGUUCACAUCCUCAUGGCCAACGUCUACCUUCUGGUGCCGCCACUGAUGAACCCCAUUGUGUAUAGUGUGAAAACCAAACAAAUUCGGACACGGAUAGUGAGAAGGUUCCAGAAGGGUAAACAGUCAACUGGAACGUCUUAG